GUGUGCCCGCUUGAGUGUAUGUGCGUGAGGGGCGGGCGGGCGCCAGGCGGCGGGGAUGGCCGAGAAGCGGAGGGGCUCGCCGUGCAGCAUGCUAAGCCUUAAGGCGCACGCCUUCUCGGUGGAGGCGCUGAUAGGCGCCGAGAAGCAGCAACAGCUUCAGAAGAAGCGACGAAAGCUGGGCGCGGAAGAGGCAGCCGGGGCCGUAGAUGACGGAGGCUGCAGCCGCGGCGGUGGCGCCGGUGAAAAGGGCUCCUCCGAGGGAGACGAAGGCGCUGCACUCCCGCCACCGGCUGGGGCGGCAUCUGGACCCGGCCGGAGCUGCGCAGACCUGGAACGGAGCUGCGGCUCCCGCGGAGCCGCGGGCGGCUGUGAGGACGGCUUCCUACAGGGCGCUUCCCCGCUGGCGUCCCCGGGAGGAUCCCCGAAGGGGUCCCCGUCGCCCUCCCUGGCACGGCCGGGAACCCCGCUGCCCUCGCCGCAGGCCCCGCGGGUGGAUCUGCAGGGAGCAGAGCUCUGGAAGCGCUUUCACGAGAUCGGCACAGAGAUGAUCAUCACCAAGGCGGGCAGGCGCAUGUUUCCAGCAAUGAGAGUGAAGAUCUCAGGACUAGAUCCUCACCAGCAGUAUUACAUUGCCAUGGAUAUUGUGCCAGUGGACAACAAAAGAUACAGGUAUGUUUACCACAGCUCUAAAUGGAUGGUGGCGGGUAAUGCUGACUCCCCUGUGCCCCCACGGGUGUACAUCCAUCCAGACUCGCCUGCCUCAGGAGAGACUUGGAUGAGACAAGUGAUCAGCUUUGACAAGCUGAAGCUCACCAACAAUGAACUGGAUGACCAAGGCCAUAUUAUUCUUCAUUCUAUGCACAAAUACCAACCGCGGGUCCAUGUCAUCCGUAAAGACUGCGGGGAUGAUCUUUCUCCCAUCAAGCCUGUUCCAUCUGGGGAGGGAGUAAAGGCAUUCUCCUUUCCAGAAACUGUCUUCACGACUGUCACUGCCUAUCAGAACCAACAGAUUACUCGCCUGAAGAUAGAUAGGAAUCCAUUUGCCAAAGGCUUCCGAGACUCUGGGCGUAACAGAAUGGGUUUGGAAGCCCUUGUGGAAUCAUAUGCAUUCUGGAGACCUUCACUACGGACUCUCACCUUUGAAGAUAUCCCUGGAAUUCCCAAGCAAGGAAAUACAAGUUCUUCCACAUUGCUCCAAGGCUCUGGGAAUGGCGUUCCUGCCACCCACCCUCAUCUUUUGUCUGGAUCCCCUUGCUCCUCUCCUGCCUUCCACCUGGGGCCCAACACCAGCCAGCUGUGUAGCCUGGCCCCGGCUGACUACUCCACCUGUGCCCGCUCUGGCCUCACCCUCAACCGCUACAGCACAUCCUUGGCCGAGACCUACAACAGGCUCACCAACCAGCCCGGCGAGACCUUCGCCGCGCCCAGGACUCCUUCCUAUGUGGGCGUGAGCAGCAGUACCUCGGUGAACAUGUCCAUGGGCGGCACGGAUGGGGACACUUUCAGCUGCCCACAGACCAGCCUGUCCAUGCAGAUUUCGGGGAUGUCCCCCCAGCUUCAGUACAUCAUGCCUUCACCCUCCAGCAAUGCCUUUGCUGCUAACCAAACCCAUCAGGGUUCCUAUAACACGUUCAGGUUACACAGCCCCUGUGCCUUGUAUGGAUAUAAUUUCUCCACAUCCCCCAAACUGGCUGCCAGUCCUGAGAAAAUUGUUUCUUCCCAAGGAAGUUUCUUGGGGUCCUCACCGAGUGGGACCAUGACCGAUCGGCAGAUGUUGCCCCCUGUGGAAGGAGUGCACCUGCUUAGCAGUGGGGGUCAGCAGAGUUUCUUUGACUCUAGGACCCUAGGAAGCUUACCUCUGUCAUCAUCUCAAGUGUCUGCACAUAUGGUCUGAUGAAUCCUUGAAGUGAAACCAUACUCAGAUUGGUCUAAUGUAUUUUCUUUCUUCAUUUUCUUUUUCUUUUUUUCUGAAAGCAAUAUGAAAAGAAACUAUCAGUAGCUUGUAAGAUUUACAUAUAAUAGGAAAUGAAGGCUCCCUGAGUGUUUUGACUUCCUCAUGGUGAGAUUGUAAUUAUCUAUGGUAUAUAUGUAAACUGUACAUAGCAUGUGGAGUUUUGCAGCCUAUAAAACCACAUCCUCCCUCUCCCCCCGCCCCAUUUCAUCUAGUUGCACAGAGUGUUGGCAUAAGUAGGAUGUUUAACCAAAAUUCUCAGACUCUUUUAAAAACCAAACAGCAAACUUAAAACUUGGCAGUGAUACUAACCAGACCAAGACUUAUAACUUAAUUUAUCAGAAAAAUGCUCUACACAGUUUCAUACUUGAGUGUUGAUAACUAACAGUAAUCAGCACACAGAGUCUUGUGAUUUCUGUUAUUCUUGGGCACAAUGUGAGAACCUAAAAUGCAAAAGCCAGCUGAGGUCUAAGUAUUAGUUCUGAGGUAUUUGUAAUCAUGAAGGAUUAGCUUUUGUGUUCCUGCUU